CCAUCUUCCUUCUUCAUUUCAUCAUCGUAUAUAAGCAGAAGAAUAAAUUCUGUAGUUUCAAUGAAUAUGGUUCGUUUGGUUUUGGUUCACGUUGCUUCGCUGCUUUUUCUCCUUCAAACAUCCAAACAGACUGAUUACUACUCAAUGAAUUUUAGGGAUGUUGCUCAGAUGAGGUUUAAUAAGUAUGUUGAGAACUUAAGAACAGAGAUUUAUGAUUUGCAACAAACGAUGAACAAAUCGGUUCAAUUCAUCAGAGACCAUGACAGCAAAAUAAAAAUUCUGAAAGAUGAAAUCAGAAAUUCAGUUCCAAAUGGAAGUGAGAAUGUUGAUCAGUAUAUCAGCUGUAGAACCAACUAUUGGACCGGUGAUGCAGCCGCCAAUGCUUUGUAUCUUAUCCAGAAUAUAAAGAACCAUUACAAGAAAGAGAAUACGUUUGCUUACUUGAUUUCGGCGGAACUGAUUGCAUGUUUUAAGGAGAAGGAUGAACAUUAUGAAAAAUUGAAGACGGAUCAUAGUGAAGCAUUCUGUAAUGGGUUGAUACCAUACAGAACGAAAGGUAUAGUAGAAAUGGACAAUUUGUUUUUUGAGAAAUCCAAGGCUGUUGCAUAUAUGAAUUCCAAAUUCUUUCAGUAUAGACUUCUAUUAAAAUCACUCAAAGUGGUGAUAAUGCAAAGUCAAUAAAUUUGGAUUUGGGAAUGAUGAUCCGAACUUCACUCAUGUUUCAUUUAAUCAUAUGUUGUAACAAUUAAUUUACUGUCAAAAUAACAAAUCACAAAUUUUCUUUUUCAUUAACAAUAUUAACCGUUAAUAUGAAUUGAUUAUUAGUUAUACAUGAUCAUCACAUUGGUGCAAUAAAGGAUCGUAGGGUCUGAAGUUAAAUGUCUAUAAAUUUGUGUUCACUUGCAAUGAGAAUUUGGCUAGUGGUUGAUGGAAAUGAGAAUAGUAUGGAGAACAUGGUGAAUAAAAACGAUGGAUAAAGAGCAUUUCUGAAAAUGGCGACUGAUUUCUGUGAAUCACCGUGUUCACUGCAAUUUACUCAUCUCACUCGACCUUCUGAAAAUCACUUUUCUAACUGGAGUAAAUGUAUAAGUAUGAACUAACAUCAGAUAAGAAAACGGACCAAUGGAGUUUCAGGUCCUUUCAGAUAGUAAACACCAACUGGAAGUGGAAGUGGUCGUUUUCCAUAUAAACAGAGGAAACGAAGAUUUUUGCAACUAACUACAAAAAUGAGGAUCUCAACAAAUGAUUUCUCGGGAUCUCGCAUCCCCAAAACCUCCAUGUUUUGUUGGAGCGUGUUCUUGACAUUCACA